AUGAAAGUUGUGGCGUUGAUUUCGGGUGGUAAGGAUAGCUGUUUUAAUAUGAUGAAAUGUGUGGACAAUGGGCAUAAAGUGGUUUGCCUUGCAAAUUUAUACCCGAGUGAAGGCGAUGAACUCGAUAGUUAUAUGUACCAGACCGUUGGCCAUAACGCUGUUGAGUUAUAUGGUGAGGCUUGCGAUUUACCGUUGUUGCGGCGUCCAAUAAGAGGAAAACCAAUUAAUACAGAUUUGAAUUAUAAAAUUGAAGGUGAUGAUGAAGUGGAAGAUCUUUUUGAAUUGUUAACUGAAGUAAAAGCACGUUAUCCUGAUGUUGAAGGUGUUUCCGUUGGAGCAAUUAUGAGCGAAUAUCAAAAAAUUCGUGUGGAAAAUGUUUGCAGUCGUUUAAAUUUGGAUGUUUUGUGUUACCUGUGGAACUCGAAUCAAGCUAGUUUGCUUGAUGAAAUGAUUGCUUUAAAUUUGAAGGCGAUUCUUAUCAAAUGUGCUUGUUCUGGCUUAAGCGAAAAACAUCUUGGAAAGGAUAUAGCUGAGGUAAGAGAUUUAUUACAUGAAUUGCACAACAUGUAUGGAGUAAAUAUAUGUGGUGAAGGUGGUGAAUAUGAGACUUUAGUGUUGGACUGUCCUUUUUUCAAGCAUAAAAUCGUACUCGAUGCAGCUGAAUCUUUUUGUGAUUCAACCUUGUGCUUUUUUUAUGUGCUUCGCGAAAUGCAUCUGGAAAAAAAGUAG